AUGUGCUUGGUGUUUUUCUUUCAAUAUCUCGACAAGCAGAGCCUUAGCUACGCAUCGGUAUUCGGGCUUAUUGAUGAUCUUUCGCUAGAGGGGUCCGAGUAUUCUUGGUGCUCAUCAUUGUUUUAUCUCGGUCAACUAGUUGCAGAGUAUCCCUUCAUAUACUUAAUGAGCCGGCUUCCUCUUACCAAGUUUGUCGGUGCAACGAUCGUUUUCUGGGGUGCCGUGUGCAUGUGCCUUGCGGCGCCGACAAACUUUGCAGGGUUCGGGGCCGUAAGAUUUCUUCUUGGGGUUACGGAAGGGGCUGUCUCUCCAGCAUUUGUGACUCUCACCAGUAUGUGGUACAGGAAAAAGGAACAUGCUUCAAGAGUAGGCAUCUGGGUCACAAUGAACGGCCUGGCCCAAGUCCUUGGAAGCCUGCUUAUGUACGGAAUCGGCAAACAGCACUACCCGCGAUUGGAACCGUGGAGGGUUCUCUUCCUCGUCUGCGGUGCGCUUACAGCUGCCUUCGGAGUUGUUUUCUAUUUUCUAGUACCUACUGGUCCUCAAAAAGCAUGGUUCCUAUCGGAGAGGGAGCGAGAGGUUCUACUGGCAAGAAUGGCAGAAGACAGAGAAGGAGGUGAUAGGACCAAUUUCUCCAAAGCACAGGUGAUAGAGACUUUAUUGGAUGUCCGGGCGUGGUUUAUCUUCGCUUUUGGUAUUCUCGUCACCAUGCAGUCGCCCGUCCUAGCGUUUGCUUCCUUGAUUAUCAAAAACCUCAAUUACGAUAGAUAUCAAACGAUGUUGUAUACAUCACCAUCAGGAGCCGUCCAGAUAGUCGCGAUCUGGAUUGGUGUACUUGGCUGCCAGCUUCUUCCGAACAACCGAAGCUUAGUGGUCAUUCUACUUUCAAUUCCUCCCCUGAUUGGCAACGUCCUUCUCCUGAAGCUUCCGCUUACUACAGGUUGGGGAUUGAUAGUGUCCUCUUGGCUAGCGUCCUGUAUUUCAGAUGUGAUGGUUAUUCUUCUUAGUCUGAGCGCGUCAAACGUGAAAGGAAACACGAAGCGGGCGAUGGCAAACACAAUGUAUUUCAUUGGCUAUUGUGUUGGUUGUAUCGCAGGCCCGCAGCUUUGGCAGACAAAAUCCGCGCCCAGGUUCUUCGAAGGAGUCGUAACUGCAAUUGUGACGUGGUGUGUGCUAGUCUUAGCUAUGGCCCUUUAUUGGUAUUUGUGCCGGGCCGAAAACAUCAAGCGGGACCAGGACACCCGCACUUCUGCCGAGAUCGUCUUGCAUACCGAGGAUAUCACGGACAUCGAGGACCAUUUCUUCCGUUACAGUUAUUGA